CUUCCGGUUACGGGGGCAGUUGUCAUCUAACCGAAGAACAACAGCAAACAGAGGUACUGCAAGUGCAAGACUUUCGCCACGGCUCUCAACAGACCUCCAAUCAUCCAAUGUGCUGAAAAGGUCUCUCCUUUGGUCGUUCACACAUCAGAGGUAAGCAUCAGGUCGGUCUCUGAUAUGGGAAACCAUCUGUGACAGAAAACGUCAAACCCUUUCCAGAGAAAGUGCUCUCGUCUCUUUGAUAACCAAGCCCCAGCUGUCUGAAACCGAUAGCACAGCCACUGCUAACUUUGCUAUCAACGACCAUCUCAGUCUUUGUGUUAGGAGCACGUUGUCCUGUGUUGUUGUUACCAUGCGCAUGUGCAUUAAUUAUGUAGACCUACUAUUAAAAAAAACCUUUUAUUUUCCCUCAUUGUUGUACAAUUUUCUUUUCUUUUUUAAUUAUUGAAAUGGAAUGGAUCUAUGUUCUCUUCUGCUAGACAGAUGGUGAAGGUGAGACCUUCUAUGAUUGAAAGUGAUACUAGGAAGAAAAUUGUGUUUUUCUAUUCUAUAAUCUUGAUGAAAUGUUUUCAUCUACCAGUAUUACAGAAUGCUUUAAAUCCUGCCGUUCUGCAAAUCCAUUGGGAUAUGCUACUGAUGUAUUCCCUUUGCCUUUUACGGCGUUAAAUGAGAGAAGAGACAAAGAAAGAGGCCUUAUUUAUUUAUCCAACCUACUAACCUUCUAACCGACUAACGAAAUAACCUGUAGAAUUCCGCUAAAGUGAUUACCUUUAUUCUGACUUUUAAUAUACAGUCUAUUUUUUGUGCAGCUGUAACAACAAUUCUGUGUCUCUAAAGCAUCUCUUGGGGCAAAUGUUAACCCACAUAUUUGUAUUGUACUAUAUUGAUCUGUGUUCAUAUAUUUUUUAUAGCGCCUAUUCAUUAUUGAUUCAAAUCUAUGUCUUUAGAUUUGUAGCUGAAUCCAAUUUGACCCCUAGUAUAUGUUUAAUUGAGAAUGGGAAUUCUUUAGCAUACGAUUUAUAAACAUUCAAGUGUUAUUAUCCAAGUUUCCUGUCAGUUUUUAUGGAAUCAAUCCCUUUCAUUUAUUUGUUGUUUAAAACUACAGCCAAAUGUCGCUUCAUCCUGUCUGGACUAUCAAACAUUGCUGUUCAGUUCGCCCACCACUAGGGAGCACAAAAGCCACCUUAUAAUUUGCAUGGAUAAUCUGGUUUGGGCUGUCACGUUGCCAUCAAAAAUAACCAAUCUAACCAUGGCAACAGAGAUGUAUUCUAUGUUUUGCCCAAAAUGAAGAGACAUAAUUAUUAGUUCACAUUCUAAAAUGUAGGCCUAAUAUGUUAAUUGAAAGAAAUUAAUUGUCUGGAGCAGUUAAGGUUAAGUGUUUUGCUCAGGGACACAUCAACACUCAGCUAGGAGGAGCUGGGGAUCAAAGUAGCAACCUUUCGGUUAUGAGACACCUGCUCUGCCUCCUGAGCUAAGCCGACCCUCAGGCAAAUGGUGAGACCAAUUUGAUGAGGGGAUAUAUAUAUAUAUAGGUCAUAUGAUCAGCUGACCCACAAUGUGACCAAUGUCAGCUGUAUUAGCUGUAUUAACUAAGACUACUUUUAUGUUAACCACUAAAUAUAUUGCAUGAAUACAUUUUACAGUUGUCAUCCAAUUACGAAGUAUACACUGAAUAAUCUCUUGUGGUUAUCGUUAUUUCAAUGACAUGAUGACAUCAUUAAAUUAACAAUGACACCACAAUCAUACCAAUUGCAAGCCUUUGUGUCAUUGCUGAUUCAAUGAGAGUGUAUCAUAAUUACCGCAGAAAAAGACAAUAGACCUGGUGUCAUUGUUGUUGAUACAAUGCAAGGAUAUCAUGAUUAUGAAAGAAAUAGACAAAAGACUACAACAAUGCUAUCAUUAACUGAGAGGAUGCCUUGAGAUUAUGACCGAAGCAGACAAUGGACAGCUCUUGGAGUCACAGUUAACUAAAUAAGCUAAUGUCAUGAUGACUUCUAUAUAUGGGGUAACAGAUGUUGAGGCCCUGGUAGCACGGUGGUAUGCAGCUAUCUGGCACCGAGAUUAACCACAACAUUUGAAUUGAAUCACUUCUGUACAGUCUUAAAUAAUCUAGGGAAUAAGAACAAUUUAGUGAUUUAGAAAGAAUAUUUGUACAUGAAAACCCGUGUCUGAAUUUAUAAUUGUGUUUAUAUUGUAAAUUUACAAUUCAGAGUUUAAAAAUAUUUCUCCCAUGGAGACAACGAAAGGACCCCACACUUUUAUUAAUUAAAAAUAAAACAAUCUAAUGGGAUUAUGUGUUUGAAUUCAUUGUAGGCUCAAGGUCAAUGCUGAGCGACUGAGAGCGAAAGUGUGGUGCAACCUGUCCUUCAACUUCAGAAUAACCAGCCUAAUAAGAUCAAUAGCAACUUCCCGUCACGUCACGUGAACAGGCCUGGACCUUUGUUUGUGAUGACAGACUGAUAUGUCUGGCAGUUACACCUUUUAUUCUACCCGGGGGAAAAUGGCGGUAAACAGCAGAGCAACUGAUGAAAUAGUGCUGGGCCCACGCCAUCGUUUCAAGUCACGUGUUACUAAGCAAUAGGCUGGGUUUGGGAGUCCCAUGCAGAGUUUAUGUAACCGACAGGUCAAGACAAGUUAUCCUAAGCCUUAUUGAUUAAUUUGACUUGGUAUAAAUAUAUAAUAUUCAUGUAGAAAAAAAACUGUUUGAAAUUCCUGUGAUGAACACAGGCAGACAGAAAUGGUGAUUCAAAACUGCACCUUUUUGUAACGGCAUUAUAGUAAAGUUAACACAGAUGUUGCUCAUAACAGUAAUUGCGUCUAGUAAUCUAGCCAGGGUACUUUGAUAGACAAAGUAACCAUAUGUUAUCCAUCCUUAUGCUCUGGCAGUACAUCUAUAGUGUGAAUAUAUAAUACAAUUAUAUUAAACGUAACUUUAUUUGACUCUAGGAGCUUUCAGCAUUUUACAUAGAAAAUGUAUAAUACAUUUAGGUAAUGCCUAACUUUAUCUAAACUUUUGGCGCUUUCAGCGUGAUAUGUAACUCCAGGGUGUAAACAUAUUUUCUGUUGGGUCAGUUGGUAUAAAAAAUGUAUAGAAUUACACCCACCUUGUACUUCAGAAAAACAUAAUUUGAAUGACAUUGAAAUAGAAAGGCGUUGAUCAAAAGUAAUGACCAUAAAGUCACCACAAAUUAAAACCGUAGCUUUUUAGCAAAAUAUAUUUUAGUUCUUCUUUUACUGAUUUGGGUCCUUUGAAAUAAAUUGUGAAUCAGAAAAAAAGUUGUGAAUAAUAUUCACAUUGUGAAAUGGAGGAUCAAUAAUGACUAUUUAUUAUUCAUCAUUUUGGAUGUGCCAAGAACUACAAAUGACCUGAAUUUCGUGGUUCACGGUGCAAGUCAUUUUUUAUUAAAUUGUAUUAAUUUCUUCCUAGAGAGUGACUAGGACUUAAAGCUGGCUUUGUGUGUGUUGUGUUCUAUUGGACACGUGCCGCUGCGACAUUUUUAUCUUUGCUUUCUGGAGAGAGGCUCAGAAUCUUGGGAGGAGCAACCGCACAGACUGACUUUUAUCAGCACGCUUUAGAGAGAGAAAGAGCACAUAUCAACAGGCAGCUUGACUUGACUUAUUGUAGGCUGACGGUGUCCGUGUUGCUACCUCUGUCCCCUGCCUCGAUGCGCUAGGCCCGGGGCCAUGGAUUCAUCCUCCGACGAGGAGGAGGGGCGCUCCUUCGUCCAGGUGGUCAGUGAGAAGUAUAACCCGGAGAACUUCCCCUACUGCCGGGGCCCGGGCAUGGGGGUGGUGGUGCUGCCUAGCCCCCCGGGCUCCCCGGUGAAAGAUCGGCUCAACCUGCCCAGUGUGCUGGUGCUGAAUGACUGCGGGAUCACCAAGGCCGGUGACAGGACGGAGGUGGCCACGUUCUGCGCCCACGUGGUCGAGCUGGACCUGUCCCACAACCAACUCAAGGACUGGGAAGAGAUUGGGACCAUCGUCUCCAACGUCCCCCAUUUGGAUUUCCUGAAUCUGAGCAGGAACCCCCUGAGCGGCGUGGAGCUGGAGCCCAGCCUGGCCGAGGUGUUCUCCAGGGUGCGCCGGCUGGUCCUCAUCAACACGCACAUCACAUGGGACACCGUGCACACGCUCACCAGCCACACCCCAGAACUGGAGGAGCUGUUCCUGUGCCUGAACCUCUACGAGGAGGUGGUGGAGUCCGGGACGCCCUGCCCGUCCCUGCGGCUGCUGCAGAUCACAGACAACCAGCUGCAGGAAUGGGCGGAGGUCCGCAAGCUGGGGGCCAUGUACCCCCGUCUGGAGAUGCUGGUGCUGGCCAACAACAGCCUGGGCUCUGUGGAGGACCCCCCCGACACGCUGGAGCGCCUCUUCCCCAAGCUGCGCUACAUCAACCUCAAUAACUCAGGGCUUAGCAGAUGGGAGGACGUUGACAGUCUGAAUUUCUUCCCCAAACUGGCGGAGGUGAAAGUGAUGGGCAUUCCCUUACUGCAGCCAUACACUGACCAGCAGCGACGCAGCCUCAUAGUGGCACAGCUUCCCUCCGUCUCCGUGCUGAACGGUAGCCUGGUGACGGACGGCGAGCGGGAGGACGCUGAGCGCUUCUUCAUCCGCCACCAUCAGGACCGUCCGGAGGAGGAGCUCCCCAGGAGAUACCACAUCCUGGUGUCAAAGUACGGCCGGCUGGCGCCGCUGGCCGAGGUGGACCUGACGCCCCGCGGCCCCACGGUGGAGGUGCGCUGCGGGGACCGGGUGGAGGUGGUGACCCUCACCAUGGAGCAGACGGUGGGCGCGCUGAAGAAGCAGCUCCGGGCCCUGCUGCAGCUGCCGCCCAGCGGCGUGCGGCUCUUCCACGUCAUCCACACCGAGCCCUGCUCCGCGUCGCUGUCGCAUGAGAUGCAGUACCCGGGCCGGGCGCUGCACUCCUACAGCAUCCGCGACGGCGACGAGAUCCUGCUGGUGCCCAAGGACAAGGCCCGCUGCAACUCCACGGGGAGCUGAGGCCUCGGGGCGGCCCGGGGGGGAACCCUGGCUCGUCUGCUGCGCCCGUGCAUUAACCAAGUGCAAUCUAUUGUCAUUGUUGUGUUUCCGUUCGUAUUUUACUUCAACGUCGAUGUGAAAAGUGCUUCUAUAUCUCAUCAUGCAUCGCGCCUUUGCACACCUUUUAUACACGACGUCCGACACAAAGGGUUUUGAUUCCCACCCAUUUUGCACGUUUUAAUCGUGUGUAAUUCAAUGGGAUAGGCUUGCGUUCGACAGCCACUCCAUCCCCCCCCCCCCCCCCUCUGUGUGGCGGUCUACCCGCGGCGGCGCGGUGCUUCAGCCCAGCGUCGCCCGGCGCAUGGCACCAUGUCCCCAGAUAACCCCCCCCAUAGAGCUGCAAUCAGGAGCGCGGCGUGUCGAGCAUAAUGGCAGCGGUGCGCACAGACCACACGGACACGGCUCGGUCAGGACACCCUACUCCCCUUCCCCCCACCCCCCCACAAGCAGGAAAGACAAGACCGCCCCUGUGGUGAGCUUGUCGGGGGUCCGGGAGGGAAGGAAAGGUAAAACGAAGCGCCUUUCGGAUCACUCGAGUUACCACCGCUGUCCAUCUCAAUGAAUAGAGGGUCUCUCUCUCUCUCUCUCUCUCUCUCUCUCUCUCUCUCUCUCUCUCUCUCUCUCGAUUGUGCAGCAGCCACCGUGCAACAGCCUCCCCAGGUCCAAAUUCAUUUAAGCUAUUCCAUAUGGCUAAAACACCCUGAAUCUCUCUCUCUCUCUGUCUCUCUCUCUGUCUCUGUCUCUGUCUCUGUCCCUGUCUCUCUCUCUCUCUCUCUUCCCCCCCAUCCCUGUGAUGGUGGGGCAGCCCAUUAUUGGGUUCACGUCCUUCACUAUCCUAUAUAUAUAUCUCCCUCUCUCAUGCUACUUACUCUUUUCUGUCUAAUUCUUUCGGGCUUUGUCUCUCUCUUAGGGAUCGACCGAUAGAUUUUUGAGGGCCGAUACCGAUUUUCUUGAGCCGAUAAUACCCUGGAAAUCCAGAGUUCUCGCGAGAGCACAAUUUGAAUUUGCUCAGCGAGUCACUCUGGGAACGAGCAAUAUACUCGUGUAUAUUCUGGGCCUCCCCUGCAUGCUUGGUGCCGCCCCUCGAGUUGAACAAAUGUUACAACGUCUCAAUUUAAAAAAAUUAACAUUUAUUGUCUUUAUUGUCUGUAAAUCACGGCAAAAAAAUAAAUAAUAAUAAUCGGCCGAUACCGAUACACAAUACCGAAAAAACUGUGAUCGGCCGGCCGAUAUAUCGGUCGAUCACUAUUCUCACUCUUAUACAUCCAUUCCAUCACUGAACACCGUCAGACGUUGGCUUUGUCAUGGGGAGACAGGGAGGGAAAUUGGAAGGGGGGGAGGGAUGCUGCAGGUUGGCGGGGUUGUUACAUGCUCAUUUAUUUGCACAGGGACACCAAAUGUCUGCUGGUGGGAUUUGGGAAAGUGACCGUUUUAGUUUCAGAUGAUGAUGACAAUGCCGAUUAAGAUUCAAUCUGA